GAAGCGGCCUCGUCUCGUGGCCCUGUUUCGGGCGCUCAUUCCCAGCGAUGGCGCGCUGGCACAUGCGCGCAGCGCUCGCGAUCGUCUCAUGCACGGUCACGCUGAACACGGGCACGCUGGGCUACUUGGCGCCAGGUCAGAGCUCGAGCAUGUCCACUACGCCGCGCGCCCGGCGCGGCGUCCGCGCGCUGAAGGCCGCGACGCUGCCGAAGGUCGCCGAGGGCGACGCGAAGGCCGAGUCGUCCCCGCUGCGGAGCGUCGACGUGUACGCCACGCUCCCGACCAUGGACCUGCGCCUGAGCGACGUGACCGCCGGCCGCCCCGCGAACAGCGAGGCGCACACGAUCGACCUCGCGCGCGGCCCGCCGAUCGCGGACCCGUUCGCGCUCUGCCGCGACGAGCUGACGCCCUUUAGCGACAACGUCAAGGCGCUGGUGGAGACGGAGAACCCCGUGCUCUCCCAGGCGGCGACCAUGUUCUUCGAGCAGCGCCACGGGAAGCGGUUCCGGCCGACGAUCGUCGCGCUCAUGGCGAAAGCGCUCCCCGUCGUCCACGCGCGCGACGACGCCGAGACGUGCAAGGCCAAGCAGGACCGCCUGGGCCAGAUCACGGAGAUGAUCCACGUCGCGUCGCUCAUCCACGACGACGUGCUCGACGACGCGGACACGCGGCGCGGCGGCGACGCGAUCCACAAGAUGUACUCGAACAAGGUCGCGGUGCUCUCCGGCGACUACCUGCUCGCGCGCGCGUCCGUGCUGCUCGCGCGGCUCCAGCACAAGCAGGUCGUCGAGGUCAUGGCCAAGGCCCUCGACUCCCUCCUGGGCAAGGACGGCAAGCAGAAAAAAUCGGAGAUCGCCGCGCGCGACGCGAAGGAGAUGGAACUGUACCUCCGGAAGUCGUACUACAAGACGGCGUCGCUCAUCUGCGACGCGUCCAAGUCGUGCGCGCUCCUCGCGGGCCACGACUUCGACAGCGCCACGGCCCGCGCCGCCGAGGAGUACGGCUACCACCUCGGCCUCGCGUUCCAGAUCGUCGACGACGUCCUCGACUUUGUCGUCGACAGCGACGACCUGGGCAAGCCCGCGGGCGCGGACCUGAGCCUCGGCCUGGCGACGGCGCCGAUCCUCUACGCGGCCCAGGACCUGCCCGAGCUCCGACCGCUCAUCGACCGCCGCUUCAAGGGCGACGGCGACGUCACGCGCGCGUACGAGACGGUGCGCGCGUCGCGGGGCCUCGAGCUCAGCCGCAAGCUCGCGCACUUCCACGCGCAGCGCGCCGUCGACGCCAUCUGCCGCGUCGCCCCGGACUCGGAGGCCCGCGACGCCCUGAUCUCCGUCUGCUACAUCGUGCUCUCGCGAAACAAGUAGCGGCCCCGAACCGGAACCAUCCCGCUUCUCGCUCGAACUCCCGCCCCCCUGUUUCCAAUCCCCGUCGCCGCGCGCGGGCCUCCUCUUCGCAAGCCGGCCGAAGAGUCCUUCGAGGGCCCCCGCGGGUACACACCCAUCUUCUUAGUACGUCACGCGCC